ACGUUGCUUUCUUGUCGGGCGGAUGGUGGCGCAUGCGCACUUCACUUCACCACUGAUCCAUUUGGAAUUUCUAUAAAGAGAAGAAAAACAAAAACAAAGAAUAAUAAUAAUCGACUAGUUUGUGCCAUUCAUAAAUCUUUAUUAAUAAACGAAAUUGAAAACGAAUGCAUUUGUGCACUAACAUACAUACAUAUGUACAUACAUACAAACAUACUUGCGAUAUAAAUAUCUACGACUUUAAUGUGAUUGUGUUCAGUAGAGAAUCCAGAGCCAAAGAGUUAAUUAACCGAGUUGACAAAGUCUAUAUCUAAGAACAUUGAAAGAAGCUGACUUUUUCUAAUUUUUUUUGAAAUACGAUUUUAGUAUUUGCGUUUUGGAAACAACCAACCAACAGCUGUUAAUGCUGCCUACGCUGCCAGCGAAAAGUUGCGGCUCACCUGGUGGGUGGCAGUGUAAAAACGAAAGGUGGAGAGCGAAUCAACAGCAAAUACUGGUUAGAAUUGAAAACAUUCGCGCAUAUGUGCAUAAGAGUGCACACCUAACUGCAAACAAACACGCACACAUACACAUGUAGCAAGCAUGUGCAUCUAAUUCAAGACGUUUAACAAAACGAGAGGCGCUUUUUGAAAAACUGGUAGCGAAAACUAGAAUUUCUGUGACAAUUUUUCAUGUGCAAAAACGCACAUUCACACAUCUGCGUACAUAAGUGAAUGUGAAGAAAAUAUACAAAAUCGAUUUGGUUUCAAGUAAAGUGUAAUUAACAAAUCGCAGCGCCUUUGCAGAAAAGUAUCGCGCGCGCGCGUGUGUGUGUGUGAGCAACUUAGAACGUCACAAGCGCAGUUAAUGCAACGAGCAAACAAAACAUUCCCUCAUACAUACAUGUGUAUGCACUUAAAAAGCGAGCGUGUGCGCGUCAAAGUGAAAAUAUUUGUAUUGAAACGCGAGUCGACGCGGCUUUGUGCGCCAACUUGCAGCAUUUGCACUUCCGCUCCACGCGACGCCGCUGCGCCAGAAGAACAGCCAGCCGCGACGCCCACCUGUUGGCCGAUCAGUGGCAUUAGUUUACCUGCUUAACACAUACAGCCGACUUACAGACGCAGUGCGCCCUCAUACGCACACAUUCACACGUUUUUGAAGGCGAGCGAAGGUUGGUCCGCCGUUUAUUGGCGCGAAAAUCUGCAACACUGCACUCGACAACCUCUAGAUGCGCUCGACCAGCACGCACAUAAUGCACCCAAUUACAAUGACAUGAAUGCGCCCACAACAAGCACUGCAACUGAACAUACCCACACGCCCGAACAUAGAAAAUAAAGAUUUUCUGCAGAAAGCACAACGAUUUCCAUAAAAUUACUGCGAUUGCAUUGCUUGUCUUGCUUAUAAUAUUGGUGACGGCGUUCGAAUGAAACUACUCAGGUACCGUUAAACGUUUCAAAGCUAAACGCCAAACACCAGAUACCAAACCUCAGGAAAGCAGGAGAAAACAAAACACACAACCAUUUAGUAACUCAAUCGGUCUGCCGUCAAUAGAGCAAGGGGCGGACAUUAGUUGCAUAGUCAAAAUGGACUCACGCAUCGGACUGGAUUACAUUGUCGAGAAUCGUGAAUAUAUUUCGAAAUUGGGCACUGCACUAGACACCAGCAAUGCCGUCGUCAAGAAGCAAGUUUUCGAAUUGCUAUCCGCGCUGUGCGCCUACAACGCCGAUGGCUACGCACGCGCUAUUGAAACGCUAGAAUUUUACAAGAAUCUCAAAAAUGAACGUUAUCGUUUCAAAAUCGUUAUAAACGAACUGGAGAAAGCGUCCAAUGUUGAAUACCAAGUUGCCUUAUUGGCAUUCAUCAAUUGCGUGAUUAUAUCAGCAUCUAAUUUACAAGACCGUAUACGAAUACGCAAUGAAUUUAUCGGUUUAAAAGUAUUACCGCUAUUAAAUAAUUUAAGGAAAGUCGCACAGAGUGUGGGAGAUAUUAUAGUGCAAUUGGACGUAUUCGACGAACAGCGAGAAUGCGACGAAGCUCAGAGUCUACAGGGCCCAAGUGGCAUCAACUUAAAUUCGCAUCUUGAUGUAUUCUACGCGAUAUUGCGACAAGUGGCCGAUACGCCACAGGAAGUGCCAUUUCUAAGUAUAUUACAACAUUUGCUACGCAUAGAUCCCAAAGAGGCAAUCAGCGAUGUGAUCUGGGAUACAACAGAGAAGUUGGUGCAUCGUGCCACACUACUCGAGAGUCAUGAGGACUCGGUGAGGAUACUGCGUUCGCCGAGCGUACAAAAAUUCUCCUGUCCACAUUGUCGUGGCGAAGCAACCAGUCCAAGUCGCAAAAAUGCCGCCUCACUUUCUACCUCAGCCUCAUCACAGCUGCAUAACGGGCCGUUAUCACCGAUAUCAUCACCACCACCACCACCACCAGUACUACCUUCCACAUCGACGCCGGUACACUGUGCGCCACCCGCACCACCGCCGCCCAUUCCGCCGCCUCCAAUGAAUGGUCCUAUUAGUGGUGGGGCACCACCACCACCUCCACCGCCAAUUAUGAAUGGAAAUUGUCUAGUAGCACCGCCCGUCCCCCCACCCGUACCUGGCGCUCCACCACCUGCACCACAGCCACCAGGCUCCACUGGUAAUUUACUCAGCAAUCACACGAAUCCCAUGCGACCCGUCACCCCGGACUUGAGCUUAAACGGUCACAAUAUGAUCUUACUACCGCAACAAGACACACCAGCACCCAAGUCGAAGAUGAAAACUAUCAAUUGGGGUAAAAUUCCGCCGAAUCGGGUCAUUGGCAAGCAAAAUAUAUGGACUAUAGUGGCCAAUAAUCAUCAGGACACGCCCAUGACCGACAUCGAUUGGAAUGAAAUGGAAGGAUUAUUCUGUCUGCAAUCGACCAGCGCUCAAGGCUCACCGAAAUUGGGCCGUGAAAGCAGCAGUAGUUCGGGCUACGAUACACUCGACCGCAAAUCCAAAAAGGAAAGCACAGAAAUAUCUUUGCUCGACGGUAAACGCAGCCUGAACGUAAACAUCUUCCUCAAACAAUUCCGAAGUUCGAAUGAAGACAUUAUACAGCUGAUAAGAGAUGGCGAGCACGAUGACAUCGGUGCGGAAAAGUUACGGGGCUUAUUGAAAAUUCUACCGGAAGUCGACGAAUUAGAUAUGCUUAAAACCUUCAAUGGCGAUAAAAGACGGCUGGGUAAUGCCGAGAAGUUUUUGCUACAGCUCUUGGAGGUACCAAAUUAUAAACUGCGUAUUGAAAGCAUGCUGCUAAAGGAGGAAUUCGCCGCCAAUAUUAGUUAUCUGGACCCAUGCAUCAACGCAAUGAUCUAUGCUGGAGGAGAUCUUAUGAACAACGAAAUGCUGCAAGAAGUGCUGUAUAUGGUCGUUAUCGCUGGCAACUUCCUCAACUCGGGCGGCUAUGCCGGUAAUGCGGCUGGAGUCAAACUCUCCUCGCUACAAAAGCUCACCGACAUACGCGCCAACAAGCCGGGAAUCAAUCUCAUACACUUUGUGGCAAUGCAGGCCGAGAAGCGCAAUCCAGAGCUCCUAACAUUCCCCGCACAGUUGACUGCACUGGAAAAUGCAUCCAGAACAACUGUUGAACAAAUAAAUAACGAGAUUAAUGCGCUGGAUAUACGAAUACGUAAAAUCAAAAGGCAGAUCGAACAACCCACAACGGAGGAUGAAAUCAAAGAGCAAAUGUCGGAGUUCUUAGAGAACGCUGAGCGCGAGGUGGCUGCGCUGCAAGCCAAUAUGAAGGAGGUAGAAGCGAUGCGUUUAAAGCUGGCCGAUUUCUUUUGCGAGGAUGCGGCGCACUUUAAAUUGGAGGAGUGUUUCAAAGUAUUCCAAUCAUUCUGUGAUAAAUUCAAGCAGGCUGUGAAAGAAAACGAGCGUCGACAGCAAUUGGAGGAGCAAGCUACGCUCAGACGAAAACAAAGGGAAGAGCAGCUGGCCAGGCGCGCUAGACAAGUUAGUCAAUGUGGCACCCCAGUCUCUGAUUCGGAAAACCAUUGUAGCAUUGAAAAAAUAUUUGAUACCCCUGAGGGGAUUUCACCGAGCAUAACACCGAAUGGUAGCAUGCGAAAAAGGCGGCCUAGUCGUGUAUUACCAGAGGAAGAUGAUCUGAUGGAGUUCUUGCGCACAUCCGGACACGAGCAUAUAAGCAGAGAUCGAAAGGCCUAUGGAAGUUUGGAUCGGUCUUGGGCACGCCGUGCACGUUCUGGAAGUUCUAGCCGAAAACGUCCCGAACUCUUAAAUGUGGACUUCAGUGAUGACCGCGAACGUGCCAGUUCGCCAGCACCGUUACUGAAUAUGGACAAAAAAUCGCCAACCUCACCGCAAGGUGGCGGCACUACUCCUUCCCCCACGCAGCAAGCCAGCGAGGAUACGAAACCGAGAAUAUCCCGUGAAUUUCGACAAAAAAUCGAAAACUGGCUGCAGUCCAACGAGAACGAUGAAAAGCAAAACGAAGAAUUCAAACGCAAGCGCCGUUUGGUUAACAGUAAUAGGCGUUCGUUUGAAAACGAAACAGAUAGCGAACGAAAAUUGGAUACUUUGCCAGAGGAGAAAAUCGUGCCUACCACGCCAACCACAACUACGAACUCUACUAAUUCUCAACAUUUCCACAAGAAUACUACCAGCACUAACAACAACAACAACAAUAAUAAUAAUAAUAACAGUAAUAACUGUAACAAUAACAAUGCGAAUAACUACAAACGGGUAUAUCCCGACUGGAAGCCCGCCAACACGCUCGAACACACCGAUGUUGUCGGCACAAUGCAAGCAAUUGCUGAUGUGAAUAACGCCAGGGAUAAAUCACACUGGCGCAAGGGUAAUCGAGGUAAUGAACCAUCGGACACUAGCGCAUCUGAAGCCCAGGAGCAAUCGCCGAAAAACCAUCAUGUUACAACAGCCGAUGAGUUGAGGGAAUAUAGACGACAACGUUCGCUGGAGAAUGCAGAAAAGCGUGCCACGGCACUCAAAUCCAUCGAGGAAGAGGACCGACGAAGAUCAUUAAUAAAACAACUUGGCCAAGAGGACAUGGACGAUUGCUUGCAUAUUUACAUACGCAAACCACCAUCCAAAGAGCCGGUCGAAAUAUCGAAUAAAACUUUGUCACAAGAUUUGACUGUUGCGCAAUCUAACGCUCCAGCUACAACAACUUCACUGACAACAACAAAAAGCGAUACCAAAGCAAAUAUUGACAUUCUAGAAUCAUCAAAAUUGGGUAGAGAGAAUGGAACAAAAACUGGAGACGAUAGUAUGCGUCGAACUCACAAUGAGAAAUAUAGUCGCAAAGAGAUUGAUGCUGACAAUGUGGAAACACCACCGGUCACACGCCGCGUCAUCGCCACACCAAAUAAAACGUUGGUCACCAUUAAUGGCCUGGAUAAGACGAAUAGCAAACAGCUUAGCGAACAACAAAGCAAUCCGGAACCAAAUGAGCAGGACGUACCUGGAUUCUUCGAUCGUUACUCAGCCACCCGGCGCACAAGACGUUAUAAACGCCCCACGGAUUACAGCAGCGGUAACGAGGAGUUUUUAUCAACUAAAGACACGAGCGACUCGAGCAAUGUACGACAAUCAUCUAGUGCUGGUGACAUGGAGAGGCUGCAUGGCAAAGCGCAGGAUACGUCCAAUCAAAAUAAGACUACAGUAGAAAAACUUUUACCAGAGCAGCCCACACAAAUCACACCGAAACCGGUUGCAGAGCGUACGAUUACCAAACUGGAAAAAGUUGGACGUCACAUUAGCUCCAUCAAUCAAGAAGAUGUACAAGAAGCCAUAAGGAAUCUCAAAUCACCAACCAACACACCGGAUCGCAUAUGGAGUCCGCCACGCGACAUAAUCAAUUCGCAUAUAACCAACACAAACUUGCAAAACCCCACACCUAGUAACCAAAGCGCUACUGUCAUUAAACUAUCCAGUCAUGAACUUAACGACGAAGGGUUCGAAGAGACACAAAGCCUCGUAUCAGACACGCCCUCACAAGGCAAAGAGAGCACGAAUUCCUCGUGCAACGGCGUGUCUGACCUCGUAACACCACAUGCACGCGCCACAACGACAAAGACUACAACGCCGAAGGCCAACACCUCAAGGCCGAACACAAGUCGCCUUGCCGAUCGACUGCAAAUAUCAAAGCUGCGAAACGUGUUACCUCAAAAGUCUCAACCUGCAUACCAACAACAAACUGCGCCCUCGCGUCGACCACCUAACUCAACACAAAUGGACCGCAGUCGUUCAUUCCGUACGUCUAAUGGCCCAGCCGUUGUGCAGCCCGUAUUCGGUGCCGGCAGCAAUGCAGCACGGCGUUCACAUUCUAUGCGUCGUCCAGGCAGCAACCAGCAAGAUACAGUUCAAAGUGUCCACACUUCACCUAUGCAUGCAGUGCGGCGUGAUGUCGAACGUAGCAGUUCAAGGAAUAGCCUGCGUUCGUCACGCUCAUCCAUCAACAGUGCCGCGUCGACAAAUACAGUGAGACGCAUGCCGAUUGUGGUGAGUAAGACACCGCUGCAAACAGUGUCGGUCGAUUCGUCGCCCAGCAAGCGCCCGCUAACGAUGCAAAAUAACAUGCCGCCGCAUAUGCGCGCCGUCAGUGGUGCGUCCGCCAGCCGCACACCGGUGCCAGCCAGUCGCAGCAGCAGCAGUGGUUCGAGCAUAGGGCAGCACGUGGUAGUGGUGCGGAAAGUAACGGGUAACGGUAACGUUGGUAGUGGUAGUGGGCAGCGCACUGUGCACUUGGGCAGCGCGAGCUUUAAGGAAAACCAAACCAACAACGCGCCAACGCGCACCAAUGUCGCACGCAGUGCUGUUCUAGUCAAAGCGGCCAUGUCACAACAUGCCACGCCACAGACGACACACAUGCGCACAGCCAGUAGCACCAGAAGCGCUUCAAGCAAUCGUGGCAUGAGCAGUUUCAUGCGACCGACGGCGUCCAGUGUCACCAAGAGAACCAAAUAGCUCCGCUAGAGCGUGAAAAAUUUGACUUUUUUGAUAUACGGGUGUGUACAUACAUACAUACAUACAUACAUAUGUGGAUGGGUAUAUGCCUAAUAUGUACUCCAACAAAUCUCUCAUAUCCGAUUCUUAAAAUUUACUCACACGCAAAAGAUCUAAACAAAGAUGAUAAUAUUUUCUAUGAAACAAAGGUGAAAACACAAUACAAAUGUAUUUAUUUUGUAAUAUGUAAGCAGUUACUGUUGCUAAAACCCAAUGUAAAUCAGAUUCUAAGAUACUUGUAUACGUCAUAUACAUACAUACAAAUAUAUAUUUGUAGCUUUAACACUCCGUCGUUGAAUCUUCCCACAAAAAAUUAAAAACAAAAAACACAUACAUACAUACAUACAUAUAUGGUGUACUGUAUGUUGUAUAAGAAGAAACUUUCAAGCCGUCCGCAUAAGAAGCCGAAUUUGAAGCACAUACUUGAAACUAAGCGCAAUAACAAAUUAUAAGCACACCAAUGCCCUUCGCGCGUAUGUAUGUAUGUAUGAAUUUGCAUUUGGUAUAAACGAUACAACUCCAUACAUACGUACAUUUCGCAUUCGUAUGCAGUUUUUAUAUAUUUUUUCGCGCCAUUAGACAGAAAGCAAGAUACACUUUGACAAUUAUUUCGUGCGCACUUAUAGAAAAAAACAUUAGCUUUUAUUAGAAAAACAAGUCACACAGCUGUCGCAAACGCAAUUUGUGUGUAAUUAAAGCAGACUUUAACAAAUCAAAAUUUGCAAACAAUUGAAAUCAAAGAGCCUUUUUGGUUUUAGUUGAACGAUUAAAAGAUGCAGAGAGAUGAGAGAAAUCACAAAUAAAAUAAUUUACGAAUAGUAACUGUUCUAUUAUAAAAACCUAAUGCACUAAAAUGUUUACUAAGUUCUUAGUUUAAGCCGAAUAGCAAUAACGAAACUAAGCCAUUUUACUUACUAAUACUUAAGCUCUACUUAGCUGCUAGCUACUUUACAGUGACUAACUUGUAAUGAACAAAAAAUAAAUAAAAAUUAAAAAAAAAUGUAAAGUAUUUCAUGUUUAUAAUAAUUUUAAGUCAUAUUUAUUUCACAAACGCUUUUGGCAAACAGCACAAACUGCGCGAUAUUGUUGUUGUGUGCAUACAUACAAAUAACAUACUUGCAUGUAUGUAUGCAGGUGUGUUGGAAAGUGGAAAUGAACAAUGCGAAAAGUAUAUAACGAUAACACACAUGUCUUCAUGUGAAUAAAAAUUAAAAGCUUUAAAAUUAUAAUUAAAAGGAAAAACAGAAAUACUUGUAAUUGUUAAGAUACACAGUUUUGUAAAAUAAAACUUGUUUCUAAAUUUA